AUGGAAGAGGUGUGGAAAGACAUCAACCUGGCUUCCUUGAACGACCAAAACACUCGUCCAACAACAAACCAUUCUAACUUGGGAGGAGUAAUCUUUCAAGACUUUCUGGCCAUAGACCCACCAAACAACACCAACACCAUUCUGUCUUCUGCUUCUUCAGAAAGUGCUUCUCUUUACCGUCCUGCUUCUCCGGCCCCACCCCCACCCCCUCCCCCUCCCCCUCUCACUGCUCUCAGCUUGCAUUUUGAUCCUCUUACACCCAAACCCUCGAACCCUUCCUCAUUCCGCACCUUCACUUUGGGCACCAAAAGAUUUCCCGAUACCCUUCCUGAUUGCAGCCUCGGUGACCGAAGAAACAAGCGUAUGAUCAAGAAUCGUGAAUCCGCCGCACGAUCACGAGCUUACACCAAUGAGCUGGAGCUUAAAGUUGAGCACUUAAGGGAAGAGAAUGCAAGACUCAGAAGACAGCAACAACAGUUGAGUGAAGCCGCAGCCACACAGCAGAUAAAGAAAGGGAGCCUAUAUAGAACAUCUACGGCUCCAUUUUGA